GUGUCAAAGUCAUUCAUGACUGUUGUGUGAUUUGUGGGCAAUAGAGCGAUUCUUGUUUUCCUGUGUAUUCACUUUAAAUUAAGUAAAAUUAUACGUGUAAAUUUAUAAAGAACGAUGACCGAAAGCCAGCAUUACACGGAUAUCGAUAUAUCAGACGUCAUCGACGACACAGAACAGUAUGCGGACACGGAACAAUACAUUGAUACUGAAAUAAACUCCGAACCCAUUGAAAGUGAGAUUCUGCAAGAAUCCGAGCUAGUUAGCUCUGAAGAACACGUGGAAAAGAAGCCUCAGAGUGCGAGGAGUGAGGUUGUGAAGGCCACAAGAUUACCUAUAGCGAGGAUUAAAAAUAUAAUGAAGCAGGACCCAGACGUAAGCGUCAUUAGUGCUGAUGCUGCGUUCUUAGUGACGAAAGCUACGAUUUUUGCAUCUCACUUACGCUUGCAUGGUAGGGAGGCUGGUCAAGUUAUAAAUAUGGCUGACCAGUCAGGACAGUUAAUUCUGUUGGACACCAGACCGAACAUCUCCUGAUGAUGCCUUUCAGAGAGGUCAAACAUGUGUCUAGUUUUGCACAUUUUAAGAGCUAUUUCUAGAAACAAUAGUCAAAGAAACAUACAACACAUCAACUAAGAAGAAGAAGAUAAUUACCAAGAAGGAUUUAGACUACGUCAUAAAUAUGGUGGACUGCUUGUGUUUCUUAGAGGGUGCU